AUGCCUCGAGAUGAGGCGCGGUCCCACAAGGCACCGUCCAAGCCGGUCCCCAAGUUCUCCUUCAAGGCUCGGGCAGAUCAACCCCAGGCAGAGGCGGACAGUUCACCGCAUGUAAGGACCGCCAGACGUGCAGAUGUGCACAAGCCUGUCUCCCAGGCAGCGAAAGUCAGACCUCCACCACAGACACACCAACAGCACCUCCCCGCGCGUGGCCGUCCACAGGACGAGGGAUACGUGGUGGACAAGCGCGGUGAUGCGCUCAUACGACGCUAUGGCUCCAACAACUCUCGCGAGGUUCCCGACUACUAUCGCUAUGGUGCUGGCCGCGUCCUCGGUGCCGACGACUUCAUCCGGUUUGAGCGGACAGGCACCCGCACCGAGUUCUUCUUCCGUGGCCACCGCGAGAAGGGUCGGAUCCUCAGCGCUGAUCGCAAGACCUUCCGCGCUCUGAGCGGGCUUGCCGGUACACGGCCAGUCCGCGUGCGCCAGGCUCGCGCUCAAGAUGUGUCGGCUAGUGCUGACUAUCUGUCGCUCCGGACCUCAGGCGGACGCAGUGAUGAGAUUGGCCCGAACGCAUCAGAGUCGCGCCAUGCCGACGAGACUCCGAUAUAUCGACUACUUCACGGCGAAGCGGGAUCUGAGAUAGAUGAUGUUGACAAAGAUGACCACUCAGACUUGGAGAUGCAGGACUAUAACGAUGACCCCGUCACUCUGCGCUCCGUCGAGCUUGGCAGAAAGGUCAAAGAGACUCCAUCUGAUAUGCAGGCCUGGCAUGAGCUAGUCGACCACCAAGAUGUGCUCCUCAGACAUGUCGCGCGUGAUGCACAGCACCCCACACCUGCCGAGAUCAAGAGUUUCGCAGAUGUCAAACUUUCCUUGCUGGAAAAGGCCCUCAAGCAUGCCGAAAGCGCCGAGCAGCGGGAAAAGGUACAGUUGAAGCUCAUGGCCGAGGGCGCCAAGAUAUGGGACAGAGCCGUGGCGAUCCGACGCUGGGAGGAGACUCUGGAGGCCUAUCCGAGUAGCCAAAGACUUUGGGAGGCACAGAUGGCAUAUCGGCAAGCGGAUAUAUCGACUUUUCGAUACGAUGACAUCAAGCAGCGGUACAUUUCUCGCAUUAAGUAUCUGCAGAGUGCCAUACUAGAAUCGGCUCCCUUGCCGGAGCAAGCGGAGGUCUGCUGUCAUCUUAUUACCACCUUUCUGCAUGCCACAGUCUUCGUCAGCGAUGCCGGCUUCGUGGAACUUGCCUGUUCCGCCUGGCAAGCUUUUCUGGAACUGACAUUCUGUCGACCACCAGCGAGCUCAACGGAAGACCUCUACGCACAGCUCCAAGUAUUUUGGGAUAGCGAAGUGCCUAGGUUCGGCGAGGCCGGCUCAAUGGGCUGGGCAGCGUUUGCAAAGGACCCAACUCAGUAUGAGCCCCCAGAACCCGUCCAACUCGAAGCAAGAUCUUCCCCUUCGACCAGGGAUGCCUACAAAGCUUGGGCAGCUGCAGAACGCCAGAGGAUGCGCACAGCCGCUUCCGCGGCGCGUACACUUGAUGACGGUGCGGAAGACGACCCGUUCCGGGUUGUGCUGUAUGCUGACUUUGACGACUUGCUUAUAUGGCUACCGCGCGCCGUGGCCCACCAAGUGAAACCUGUCCUGUUCAACGCUUUGCUUGCAUUUUGCUGUCUGCCUCCGGCAAUCGAUCUCGGCGUUAUGGACGGCCUGACAACAGGCUGGCCUUUACGUCGGACAAACGGCGAUCAUUUGGGAACCCAUAACGAUGGCGCCCCAGAAGUCGAUCAAGCAGCAGACGUUGGCAGGCGUAUGCCCGACUUUGCCCAGCAUUUCCAAAGUAUGACCAGAAGCCCUCAAGUCUUGUGUGGACAUCCGGACUGGUUCAAAUAUCUCGAACCGGUGAACAACACGGACCAGAGGACCGUAUGGGUUGUUGGUAUUCUCAAGCAGCUGGUCCGCCAACUUGGCGAGGCGCAGCUCGCGUCAUACUAUUUAGCUCUGAACAGCGCGAUGACUGCCGCCGACGACAAGAAGACGGCAAAGGCACUCCUCAAGCAUGAUCCCACGAAUACCGAUCUGUACUUGGGCUAUUCGUCUCGAGAACAUGCCAAAGGGGAUGCCACUUCUGCCAGGACCAUCGCUAGUGCUGCUCUUACCCUGCCAAGCAUAUCGGAGUACGACCGCGUCCGCCUGAGUACCUGGCUCGUCUGGAUGAAAAUGGAGACUGCCCCGAUCUCGGAUGCGGCUGCGGAAGUAUUAAGGAUGUGCCUGACGUUCAGCGGUAACUACAUUGACCCUGCUUCUGACCAGGACUUGGUCGCUCGAGCUCAUGAAGCUGGGCAAGCUAUGACAUCAAGACGGGACUACUUAUUGUCUGCAGGAAACCUACGGCAUGCUGCUGCUUUCUCGGAGGCGCUGGUCUUGCUGAGCUACCUCACGGCCCAAAGUGGCAAAGAGCAGGCUGCUCCUCAACAAGGUGACAUCUGGUCAGCUCUCGCUUGUGUCGAUGCCUUUUCGACAGAGCUUAGGCGCAGGAGCGGCCAUGAUGGUGCAGAUCACGAAGCAUUCCUGCAGUCUUCGGCGAGGCUACUGUAUUUCCACGCUUCGCAUGGCCCUUGCCGCCUUGGACUUCUGCGCGAGCAUCUCGGCAAGUAUAUCGACUACUUCCCAAAGAACACCAUUUUCCAGGCUUUGUAUACCUGGCGAGAAACCCGACUCAGCGUGGAUGACCGUGUUCGGUCCAAGCUCGACGGAAUAGUCUCGCAGCCGGUGCUCGACUGCAUCAGCACGCGCGCAUUCCUGAUACAAUACGAGGCACGAGCGGGGAACGUCAACUCGACGGCCGCCGCGUUUGAGCGUGCACUGGAGAAUAGCAACCAGUGUCGCCACCAUCCUCAGAUAUGGACUGCAUAUAUCCGGUUUUGUCACUCGCAUCCUGCUCUCAGAGGCAAGGCGAAGAGCGUGUUUCAUCGUGCCCUCCAACGGUGCCCGUGGUCGAAAGACGUCUACAUGGAGGCUUUCCUCACGCUCGUCUCCGAGCUUGAUUCGUCCGAGGUGAAGUCGGUGUACAAUACCAUGGUAGAGAAGGGCAUGCGGGUACACUUGGAGAUGGAGGACUUUGUGGCGCACUGGAAAGAACAACAGCGCGACAAGAGACAACGUCGCUAA